UUUCUAUAGCUUUAGUUUGUCUCAAACUCUUGUGCGACAAUGUUGUGUGGGAAAACACCAACAGUGCUAUACAACAAUUGUUCAAAACCAAAAAUAAAUCGGAGGAAAAGGAAAAAAAACACUACCUACAAUAGUGCUCAUCAGUGUUUCUUUUGCUAAUCAUACAUUAAGAAAGAGAUAAUAAACAUAAAAAACCGGAAGUCGUUAUCAUUUAAGUACUCUUACUGCUUGGUUCUCACGUAGCUGCGUUAAACAUAUAAUUUAGAAAGUGCGAAAAAAACAGAUUAAGUGUUAAAGCAUACUGUAAAAAUGCUGUACAACAUAAAUGAAGAGGAUGCUGCUCGUAUCAAGAAUGAUCUGCUUAAUAGUUUUCGAUUAAAAAGAUUAGCUGAAUUCACACAAAUCAUAAAUCGAACAAAAAAUUCUGCACUAAAACAAGCCAUCGUACAAUCUGUGUUUGAGACUGUUUUGACACAGCCAAACAGUAAAACAUAUCUACAAGCAUGUCUAGCUCAUGGAGCUCGGGUUAAUAAGAAAUCCGGCCGAGGGGAGUACCCGAUACAUCAAGCAGCAAAGUCACGAGACAUCAACAAUUUGAUGCUACUUUUAUUACGGCACGAAGUCAACGUUAAUCAACUGUCCGAUGAUGGCAAUAGCGCAAUUGAUUUUAUAUGUCCAUCACACGCCCAUACCUUCGCCAAAAGUAUUGAAUGCAUAAAUCUGUUACUCAAACACGGGGCCACUAUAGAUACAGCUAACCUAGCGAAACGUUUGGCAAAGUUGAAGCAGGAAACCGAGAUCCUGGCUGAAUUUAUGCAAGGAAUUGAACCCUUCGUAACGGUGAUUGCAAGCGGCGUACCUGAGACUGAGACUGAGACUGUGGCUAACCACAUGUUAUUAGAGAAUGCCAUCACCUGUGGGAACUUGGAGAGGGCUAAACAAAUUAUUGAAUCGCACACAAGUCCACAAACCUCACCAUACAUAUCCAAGACAAUACUUACCAUUUGUUUUGAACGCGGAUGCUUUGAAAUGUUGGAAUAUAUAUUCCAAAUACUCCCAGAGGUUGGAUUAGAGUCCCGGAUAAAAAAGAAAACAUGGCUGUCGUUUUUGGUACAGCGUGUAACUGGAUCGGAUCUCGAGUGUCAGUUUUUCAAAUGCUUAAAGCUAUGCCUGACCUAUCCUCAAUUCGACAUCGACGAAAGAGAUGGUUGGGAUUAUACUGCUUUGCACUAUGCGGCCACCUUAAAACUGAAGCACGUGCAGGAGCUGCUCCUUCAGAAAGGUGCAUUCAUAGGUGGAAGGGACAUAUUUGGCGUUUACACGAUUAGCCAAAUUGACCCACUGACGCUGGUGCGACAUUUUGAUUCCUGUGUGUACACUAGUCCCAGGAUAGCGGAUGAGCAUGGUGCAAACUCACCUAUUGUUUACGUCAUGUUGAGCAACUUUGCUCCCCCCAAGCACAAGGAAAAUGAGCAACACUUUACGUCAACACAAGAUAUAUCCUAUAAAAGCAUGCGACCUGCAUUGAUGGAAUUCACCAAUGUGUCCAAAUUAUCCCAGUUAAAUGAAAAAGAAAAAAAAGCUCGACAGCAGCUCAUUGAACAUCCAGUGAUAUCUACUUUACUUUACAUUCGUGAACCACCACCGACUACAGUGGGACUGUUGUUGAGAUUUAUCAGAUUAGUACCGGCUGUCUUAUUAUUUGUACUCUGGGACAGCCGGUGGAUUAUGUGGUGCGAAUCGGUUCUGCUCAUUUGUCUCUUCACAUUCGAAUGUAUUCUGAAUGCCAGUUACAUCACGCACUUUUUUGAUAAACGAAUCAAAAACAAAUUUCAAUCGGUGCCUAAUCUAACAAUCCUCUUCACCAUGCUGGUGGAGAUAGUUUUGAUAGCGUGUUUGAUAUAUUUCACAUUUUUGGAAUACAGCAAGGUCCAUCAGCUGAGCUGUUGCAUUUUGCUCACUGGAUUCGCUACUAAACGAUUCAUUGCCAGCUGGGACUGUUUAGCUGAGAAAAUCCACACACUAGACAUAGUUGUUACGAAGGUUAUAUGCAACUUUAUUAUAUGUUCGUUUAUAUUUGGAAUAUUUGCGCUCUCCUUUUACGUGCACGAAUCAAACUUUGGGCAAACGUUUGAACUGCCCAAUAACACUGCUAGCUCGACUAAUACGACCAUUGAGUCAAUAUCCAAAACCGCGAAAUUGAUUGAUCAACUGGCGAUGUUUGAUGGAAAGAUAGUUGUGUUGGAUAAGAAAAUGGACUUGGCAUUUUAUGGAGUUGGUUUUGUAAGUUUUCUUAUUUUAGUGCCAAUCGCUUUGGCGAACAUAAUAACUGCUUUUACAAUUACAGAUGUUUCGGAACUCACCGCCCGAUCGAGGUGUGUAAAAACCGCUCUCAGGAUUAGCAACGCUUUUGUGCCAGAGCAUCCGGCCGUUGAGCUAUGGAGAGGAAUGUCAAAAUAUAUGGAAGAACAGUCGAGGAGCUCUCUGCUGAGUUGGUGGCGGUCAAAUAGAGCAGUGAACACUAUCAGUAGUAAUUCUUCAAAAGCUAAACUGUGUUUCUCGCUCAGCAACCGCAAUGAUGUGCAAUACAUUGCAAUGUACACUGGACGAAACCAUGAAAUUGAACUUCACAGAGUAAACGACGAAGCCGAGAAGCCAGAAAUUUUAUGGAAAGCAGACGACAAAUUUACCAAAUUAUUAAUAGAUGCUGCAUUUGCUGAUGAAAUCACGUGAGGAUUGUGUUUUUGUUGUUGUGCUGGUUGAUUAAAAACAGUUCAGUUAAACUACAAGCAAAGUUUGUAGUUCACAGUUCAGUGUCUGACCUGUACGGAUAUGUUUGUGAUAAGUACGAUAGACUUU